AUGCUGUUUAAAAACCUCGCGAUUGCUGAACAAGAAAACGACACAUUCAUAUCUCACCAUUAUUAUAAUGCCAGGGUAAUUCGUGGUUACGAUUUCAAUCAAGGGAUUCAUUUUUCGGAAUUGAUGGACUCCUAUUUGUCAACUGGCUUUCAAGCGACUCAUCUUGGGAAAGCUAUCAAGGAAGUUAAUGCAAUGUUGGACGAACGCAGCAAGCCGAAUAUUGAUGGUGAUCAGGAGAAAUUCUUCCCAUACCCUAAAGAGCGACGUAUUUUACAUUGUACGAUAUUUCUUGGCUUCACUUCGAAUCUUGUUAGCAGUGGACUUAGAGAGGUACUUCGAUUUGUUGUGGAACAUGAUUUUGUUGAUUGUGUGGUGACAAGUGCUGGUGGAGUAGAGGAAGAUCUUAUCAAAUGCUUGUUACCUUCAUAUCUUGGCGAUUUCAAUAUGGAUGGGAAGCAGUUGCGUUCUCGAGGAUUGAAUCGUGCGGGAAAUAUACUUAUCCCCAAUGACAACUAUUGUGCUUUCGAGGACUGGCUUUCACCAAUUCUUGAUAAGUGCCUAGAAGAACAAGAGACGGACGGUGUUAACUGGACACCCUCUAAACUCAUUCGAAGGUUGGGUGAGAAAAUCGGCAAUGAGGAUUCUAUACUACAUUGGGCUGCUCGCAAUAAUAUUCCAGUGUUCUGUCCGGCUUUAACUGAUGGUAGUCUUGGAGAUAUGCUCUAUUUCCACUCGCUGAAGAACUCACCUGGAAUUCGCCUCGACAUUGUAGAAGAUCUGCGUUGUAUCAAUACGAUGGCGGUGAAGAGCAAGAGUACUGGCACAUUAAUUCUGGGAGGAGGAGUGGUUAAACACCACAUCAACAACGCAAAUCUGAUGAGGAACGGAUCUGACUUCACCGUCUAUAUUAAUACUGGAACGGAGUUCGAUGGUUCUGAUUCUGGUGCAGAGCCGGACGAAGCAGUGAGCUGGGGGAAGGUGAAGCCUGGUUCCCAUGCUGUUAAAGUAUGUUCCGACGCUACAUUGGUGUUUCCGCUUCUCGUGGCUGAGACGUUCGGCUCAGUGGGCCAUGGGUGA